AUGGCGGCUCCUAGUAUGAACGCAGUCUAUGCGACCGACGAAUAUGGUCGCCCAUUUAUUAUUGUCAGGGAACAACAGAAGAAAAGCCGUCUCAGCGGUUUUGAUGCCGUAAAGUCUCACAUAUUGGCUGCUAAAACAGUGGCUAAUAUUAUCAAAACUUCCUUGGGACCAAGAGGACUUGAUAAAAUUCUUAUAUCGCCUGAUGGAGACGUCACAGUGACCAACGACGGUGCAACAAUUCUUAGUAAUAUGGAAGUUGAACAUCAAAUAGCGAAACUGUUAGUGCAGCUAUCCAAGUCUCAAGACGACGAGAUCGGCGAUGGAACCACUGGUGUCGUUGUUCUUGCUGGCGCUCUCCUCGAACAUGCAGAAACUCUGAUAGCUAAAGGCAUACAUCCAAUACGUGUUUCUGAUGGAUUUGAGAGAGCAUGCAAAGUGGCCGUCGAUCACCUGGAUAAGAUUUCCGAUGUUGUUGAAUUUACAAAGGAUAAUACCGAGAAUCUAUUCAAGACGGCAAUGACGAGUUUAGGCACCGUGGAUGCAGUUCUCUCAGUAGCAGACCUUGAACGCAAAGACGUUGAUUUCGAACUAAUAAAAGUUGACGGAAAAGUUGGUGGUUCGCUCGUUGACACCGCGCUGGUACAGGGCGUUGUUGUCGACAAGGACUUUUCUCAUUCACAAAUGCCGCGUGAAGUUCGUGACGCAAAAAUUGCAAUUUUAACAUGUCCAUUCGAACCACCUAAACCAAAGACAAAACACAAGUUGGACAUCACGUCUGUCGACGAGUACAAAAAAUUGCAGAGUUAUGAGAGAGAGAAAUUUGAAGAAAUGAUCAAGAAGGUUAAAGAUACUGGUGCUAAUCUAGUUAUUUGUCAGUGGGGAUUCGAUGACGAGGCGAACCAUUUGCUAUUGCAAAACAAACUGCCGGCCGUACGGUGGGUCGGUGGACCAGAGAUUGAGCUCAUUGCCAUCGCUACAAAAGGUCGUAUAGUGCCUCGAUUCGAAGACCUUACACCAGAAAAGUUGGGCUUUGCUGGCAUCGUUCGUGAAAUUUCCUUUGGCACCACGAAAGAUCGUAUGCUUGUCAUUGAAGAGUGUUCAAACACACGCGCCGUCACAGUGUUUGUUCGCGGUAGUAACAAGAUGAUUAUCGAUGAAGCCAAACGGGCUAUCCACGAUGCAAUGUGCGUUGUCCGUAACUUGGUUCGUGACAAUCGCGUUGUGUAUGGAGGCGGAGCAGCAGAAAUUAGCUGCUCUCUUGCUGUCUCAAAGGCAGCUGACGAGAUUUCAUCGAUCGAACAAUAUGCGAUUCGCGCUUUUGCAAGUGCAUUGGACGCGAUACCGUUGGCACUUGCUGAGAACUCGGGCUUAUCGUCCAUAGAGACACUCUCAAAUAUCAAAUCAAGACAAGUCACUGAGAACAAUAGUCGGUUAGGAAUUGAUUGCAUGAUGACUGGUUCAAAUGAUAUGAAAGAACUGUUCGUAUAUGAUCCAUUAAUUUCUAAACGACAGCAGUUCUUAUUGGCUACUCAACUUGUAAAGAUGAUUCUAAAGAUUGAUGACGUCAUCAUCACAGGAGCGUCUGAUGAAUAA